CAUUCUUGCGCGAGGUGGGAGUUUCCAGGAAGUGGCCAUAUUGGAUGCGCCGAGCACUUCCACUGUGUCAGUUUUUCACUCAGACGGAGAGCGCGUCCAUUUCGCCAAUACAAAUAUCAAACUCCACAUAAUGGCUGCCACUGAUACAGACGUAUUUUCUAAUGAAGACAAGCGGAACCUUAACCUAGGAGGCCAUGUUGGGUUUGACAGCCUCCCUGACCAGUUGGUCAGCAAAUCGGUAACACAGGGUUUCUGUUUCAACAUCCUCUGUGUUGGUGAAACGGGAAUUGGGAAAUCGACGCUAAUGAACACGCUUUUUAAUACAACAUUUGAAAAUGAAGAAGCAAGUCAUUACCAGAAUGGGGUGUACCUACGCCCCAGAACGUAUGACCUGCAGGAGAGCAAUGUCCACCUCAAACUUACCAUUGUGGACACAGUGGGAUUUGGGGACCAGAUCAACAAAGAAGAGAGUUACAAGCCUAUUGUGGAUUACAUUGACACACAGUUUGAAAACUACCUUCAGGAGGAACUGAAAAUCAAGCGCUCCCUCUUUAACUACCAUGACACACGCAUCCACAUCUGCCUCUAUUUUAUCGCUCCCACUGGACACUCACUCAAAUCUUUGGAUUUGGUUACCAUGAAAAAACUGGACAGCAAGGUUAAUAUAAUACCCAUAAUAGCAAAAGCAGAUACGGUUUCCAAAAGUGAGCUCCACAAGUUCAAGAUCAAGAUCAUGAGUGAGCUGGUGAGCAAUGGGGUGCAGAUCUAUCAGUUCCCCACAGAUGAUGAAGCGGUCUCUGAGAUCAACUCAUCCAUGAAUGCUCAUCUACCUUUUGCUGUGGUGGGCAGCACUGAGGAGGUUAAAGUGGGCAAUAAGAUGGUGCGUGCCAGGCAGUACCCCUGGGGAAUAGUGCAAGUGGAGAACGAGAGCCACUGUGACUUCGUGAAGCUGCGGGAGAUGCUGAUCCGGGUGAAUAUGGAGGACCUGCGGGAACAGACACAUGCCCGGCACUAUGAGCUGUAUCGCCGCUGCAAGCUUGAGGAGAUGGGCUUUAAGGAUGCAGACCCUGACAGCCAACCCUUCAGCCUACAGGAGACAUAUGAAGCAAAGAGGAAGGAGUUCCUCGGGGAACUGCAGCACAAAGAGGAGGAGAUGAGGCAGAUGUUUGUCAGUAAAGUCAAGGAAACGGAAGCAGAGCUGAAGGAGAAGGAGAGAGAGCUGCAUGAGAAGUUUGAGCAGCUGAAGCGAAUGCACCAGGAGGAGAAGAGGAAGCUGGAAGAGAAGCGGCGAGAUCUAGAGGAGGACAUGAACGCCUUCAACAGGAGAAAGAUGGCGGCAGAGACGCUGCAGGCGCAGUCGCUACAGGGCUCCUCACAGCAGCCUCUUAAGAAGGACAAGGAUAAGAAAAACUUCUUUAGUCUUCCAAGUGCGUGCUCCUUAACUUCAGGAAGGAAUUUAAAUUAGAAGAUUUUUAAAAGCCAAAUAUCCCCCAGAGAGGAGUGACUGAGUAUGUUCAGGUUUGACACAUGUAUUGAGUACUUUAAGUGUGUCAAGCAUUAAACUCCCUCUUCUUGCAUCACACUUUGAGCUCCCCCAGUCCAGUCCAGCUCAGCUCAAUCUUUGCUCUACAAGCUGGUGCACGACAGCAUGACUUCCUGUGUGACAUUCGACAGAAGCUUCCUGCAAGCGCAUCAUGUUGUUUACUGGACGUUUUUCAGCUUCGCCAACCUGCUGUUGUAAUGCCUAUUGACUAUUCAUAUCCCUGCUGUGAUGGUGUGGCUGUCAAUGUUAUUUGAUUCCCAAGCUUUUGCAGGGACCUGUGUUGGUGCCAUCAGUACAAAUCUGCACUUUGUAUCUGUCAGUUUUCACUGGCUCUCCAUAACUUAAAUGUCUCAUGAAUGCCAGUCUUGAUAUUGGUUGUGCUGAAUAAAGUCAUGGCUUUGGGUUGAAAAUGUAAUAUUGAUUUGGAAUAUUAUUACAGUAAGAAGAAAUUUGGAAUUUUCCUUCCCUCCAUUUAAUUAAUGCAUCUUCAUAUCCUCAUAAGUGCUAUCAACAAUGGUACCAUUUGUAUUUGCUUGCUACCAAUAAAGUCUUUCUAUAAACUUC